AUGGGAAUGAACCCAUACACGUUCCCAAUAUGCAGCAAUACAUCUUUCAGGCUCCUCGUUGCUGUCCGGCUGGCGGAGCGGUGGUCUCCGGUUGUGCGGCUGUCACAGCAGGAGCGCUUCUUGCCGUCGUCUGCAGAGGCGUUCCUGGGCAGGAUGCGCGCCUGGCACCCCAAGCUGGGGGCGCUGCCGGAGGACCAGCUGCCGCAAGGCACCGCUUCCAGGGGCUUCUACCUGCUGCCCAGGGAGUCUCUCCUCAACGCGAGUGAGCUGACGUCGGGAAGGGAGCCGUGGCGCCAGCCGGUGCCGGUGUACGCGGUGGGCCGCAGGUGCGGGCGUGCGCCUGCGCAGCUGCAGCUGCAGGUGUCGGUGUGGCUGUUCUUCCCGUGGAGCCAGGGCAAGCGGCUGUGCGCCGCCGGAGGCCUGCCGCUGCCGCUGCCUGCCGCGCUCUGCCCGCACGCCCUCACGCAGGUCUUCGGCAGCCACCUCGGCGACUGGGAGCACCUCGCCUUCCUCUUUCCCAACGCCAGCUCGGCGCCGCGGCUGCUGCAGCUGUGGACCCACCACCGGUCUGCGGUGUACGGCUGGGAUUCUGCGCGGGGCGCCUUCUCGCUGCUGGAGCCGGCCGCCGGCUUCCCCGCCACCGUCGCCACCACCGCAGAUGGCCGGCCCAUCCUCUACGCCGCUGACGGCUCACACGGCCUCUGGGCCAAGCCUGGACGGCACGUGUUCGCGCCGGCGCUGGGCCUGUGGGACGAGUGCUCCGCCGGCGGCGAGUGGCGCACGUGGGAGCGGGUGUCGGCGCUGUCGGCGGCGCCGUGGCGACGCUACCUGGGCCGCUGGGGGCCGCCGGCCGCGGGCUCUGAGAAUUAUGGAAAUGGAUAUACUGCACCUGAUACUGUUGAGGAGAAGGCAAGGGCGAUGAAGACGGGUACGUCAGCUCUGUGGAAUGCGGCAUCAUGUGUUAUGGCAAUGUAA